AGAAAUUCCUAAUUUAUUUAUAUUUUUAAUGGUUGUAUUAGGCUCUAAUAAUUCGCCUCAAAUAUUUAAUGUUUUAUUCAAGGAGGUUUUUUCUGAUUUAAAGACUUCAAAUUCAAUGUGGGAAUGUAUAUCUACAAGAGCAACAAAAUUAGCAGCGCAAUUGAAUGCAACGGCUUCAGCACUUUCUAAUUUUGUUGAUGCAUUACAAACUGUCAGCGAUUGUGCCAACAACGUUAAUGGUAUAAGUCGUGACAUUGGGGCUGCACUUACGCGCUAUUGUAUUAGACAGCGUAGCAUUGAGAGUGGACUCCGAAAAAUUUCCCAGCCUUUGAUCGAAGAAUUUGCCGGCGAAUUGGAGAAAAAAUGUGCAGAAUGGAAGCAUUCACUUGCUGAUGCUGAGCGUCGACACCAACGUUCUUGUAAACGUCUAAAGUCAUCCCAUUCGUCGCAAGCAGAUGCAGAGAAGCGUCAUACCUUUAUUGAACUGUUACAUAUGCAGAGGAGUCAUUAUGCUGGGUUUAUAGCUUUGUUGCUUCCAUUUAUUGGUUCACAAUUGGACGUUUUGGAUGAGAAUACACAUUUACGACAAGUUCGAGAUUCAUUGGAGGCGACAUUAAAUGGAUCUGAUGCACAUUUAUUAGUAGAUGCACUUAUUGAGGAUAUUACUCUUUGUUCAUCUUCUUCAAAAAUAGAUGGCAAAACUUGUGAUGAGUCAAAUAAAGUAUUUGAAAAACAAAAUUUAAAACAAAUUGGAAUUGUCAAUGAUAGUAAAAGUUCAAAAAUUCUAACUCAACAACAUCAUUGCCCUUCUACCUCUUCAAUGUUUUUUAUUAAUGGGCAAAAUAAUGAUAAUCUUGUAGUUUGUAAUCGAAAUUCAAUGCCACAACAAGACUCACAAAGAGAGUGCUUUUUGCCUCCUUCCCAAUUGUGCACUUCUCCAACCCACACAUUCAUUCACUCUGAUGUUAACACUUCUGUUCCUUCUCGAUACCGACUUCCAUUGCCAGAUGCUUUUAUUGUUUCUUCAUCAGCUUGUUCAUCACAAAAUUCUCCUACAAACUUAAUUAAAAAUAAACAAAAUUUUAUUCAACAAUCAUUGCCCUGUUGUAGCAGUAAUUGUUCUUCAAUAAGAACUGUAGAUUCUGGUACUAGUUAUUCUAAUAAUAGUGAACAACAGAAUAAUUUAAUUAAAGUGUCUGAUGGAGGGAUUAUCAAUCAACUAAGGCCUUCAAGUAUUGGAAGUACUGCAAUUGCAGAUCCUACAAAUUCUGCUGAAACUUUACAACAAAUUGACCGUCUUGGAUUAGAAUUGGAUAAUUAUUGUACAGGAUUAGAUAUUGAGAGUAAUGACGAAGAAAAGAAAUAUUAUGAUAAACAAGAAAAUAUUCAUAAUAAUAAAAACAAACAAAAACUUCCACCAGUUCCGCCUAAGAGAACUGAGAAUUUCUGUCCACCACCUAAUGUUCGAUUUAGAAAUGAUUCUAAUUUUUUUGGUCAUGAACAGAAUAAAACCGUUCAACCCCCUCCAUUACCAGAACGAAGAAAUUCAACAAUCUCUGCUGCUACCCCAACAGCACCAAGCAUUGCUGAUAUACGUUCUGCUUGUGUCAUUCCUCCUCUCAGCUCAAUGACUACGUCAAUGCCAAUUUCUUUUAAUUCAGCAAUACCUUCAAUUAAAAAAGAAUCUUCACAAAUAUUUAAUCAUGUGCCAAAUCAAACUGAGACUUUAUUUUCAUCAUCAAAUUAUCACAAUCAAUGA